GGAGUUAAAGAGGACCAGCUAUGAAAGCAGCUUUGUGUGAGUCCUCCUAAGACCCGUCCCAGCAUCUGGGAGAGUCUCACCCUCGCCUGUGUCCCCUCAGCCCCUCCCGUUUCCUCGCAGUGCCCCAGACGCCCCCGCUGCACCCCAGAACACGUUUCUGCUCCGGGGAACCAGGCUGUGUGUCUGUCCCGUAAAAGGCCAUGUGGCUGCACCUGGCGGUCCUCGUGGGCCUGUUCUACCUCCUGCGCUGGUACCGGGAGAGGCAGGUGGUGAGCCACCUCCGGGACAAGUUCGUCUUCAUCACGGGCUGUGACUCGGGCUUCGGGAACCUGCUGGCCAGGCAACUGGACCUGCGAGGCUUGAGGGUCCUGGCUGCGUGUCUGACGGAGCAGGGGGCCGAGCAGCUGAGGAACCAGACGUCAGACAGGCUGCAGACGGUGAUCCUGGACGUCACCAAGACUGAGAGCGUCGCUGCGGCCUCUGAGUGGGUGAAGGAGCGUGUGGGGGACAGAGGACUCUGGGGUCUGGUGAAUAAUGCCGGCAUCUCCACGCCCACGGCACCCAACCAGUGGCUGACCAAACAGGACUUCAUGAAGAUUCUGGACGUGAACCUGUUGGGGGUGAUUGAUGUGACCCUGAGUCUGCUGCCCCUGGUGCGGAAGGCGAGGGGCCGUGUGGUCAACGUCUCCAGCGUCAUGGGCCGGGUGGCACUCUUCGGUGGAGGCUACAGCAUGUCCAAAUACGGCGUGGAGGCCUUCUCGGACUCCCUCAGGAGGGAGCUCUCCUACUUUGGGGUGAAGGUGGUUAUGAUCGAGCCUGGUUAUUUCAAGACCGCUGUGACCAGCCCUAAGGCACUUUCUCAGGGCCUCCAGGCAUCUUGGAAUCAGGCCAGCCCAGAGAUCAAGGAACUCUAUGGAGAGAAGUUCUUGGCUAACAUCUUGAAAUCACCUGACUUGUUGAACACAACCUGCUGCCAGGAUCUGUCCUUGGUGACCAACUGCAUGGAGCACGCCCUGACCGCCUGCCAUCCCCGCACCCGAUACUCACCUGGCUGGGACGCCAAGUUGAUCUACCUCCCCAUGAGCUACCUGCCCAGCUUCCUGGUGGAUCUCAUGGUGUACUGGACUAGCCCCCAACCUGCUAGGGCCCUGUAACCCAAGACUGGGGUGCAUUGUAGGGGGUAUCACGUAUAGAGUGGGGAGAGGAUGCCUCGGGGGAGGGAAAUACAGUGGAGAGCAGAGCUCUCCAGGAUGGGUGUCACCAGGACGCCCAUCCCACCUCACUCCCAUCUCCUCCCCAGUCUCCUCUUGGGAUAUUACUUAGGACUCAGGGAUAUUAGAAAGAAACAAGCUUUGUGGUGAGAAGCUGA